UACGGAAUACAAGAUGUUUAUUUGAAGUUUUGAACCUUCUUUUCAAGUUUUGAACAACGCAAGGAAAUCCCAGGUGUUAUUGUUUUAUUUUUUCUUUUUCUGCGGGAAGAGAUAGCUCGUUGCCGGAGGCAAAAACCUUCUCUGGAGCUUGACUACUCCGAUGGAUACACUUAUAAAGCUUGACACAGCAGUACUGCAGCAUCAAAAUCAAAAGCUUUCACAAAAGUUGGAAGUUCAGAAGAUUGAGAUUGCUGGACUUGAAGAUAAACUUACCAAACAAAGGGAAAAACAACAGCCAUAUGAUAGUACUUUGGAAUUAGUCCAAAAAUCAUGGAGUGAGCUGGUUGAUGAGCUGAAAACACGCUCAAUUCGCUUAAAGGAUUUCUCAAUUGACCUAGAGGCUUUGAUGGAUUGUAAAGAGCAUUUCAAUCAAGAAGGUGGUUAUUCACCUGCUGGCGGUAAAGCAUUAGUGAAUGCUCUACUACAAGUAGAUCCAAAUGAUGGCACCAUGGAAGACAAGAAAACAGAUUUUGAUGACAAGGUGAUGGACUUAGUGUCUAAUGCAGUUGCAGCUGUUGAUAGUCUCUGGCAUAUAAAGGAUAGAUUGUAUACUGCACUUCUUAAGUCACUUUCAGAUAAUGAAUCCUCCCCUGCAGAAGCAUCCCAUGAUUUGCUUAAAAACGUGAAAAACCUAAGACAAGCUGUAAAUGAACUUCAUGUGAAGCACAGAACAUUGGCAAGUGCAUUGCAGAGUCGUAGAGACGCUGAUGCAAAGAAUGAAGCUGAGCUCAAGUGUUUACGAGGCGAGUUACAGAAGACGAUUGCAGAUUUGGAAGAGAAUAAUAGAAAAUUGGCAAUUCUAAAAGCAGAGAAAGAGGCCACAAAGGGGACAUUCUUCCCAGCCCUGAACGUUGUUAAUAAACAUGUAGCUGGUGACAAAGUCAAGGAUAAACAGAAAGAUAUAAAAGACAUGGAGUCAACCCUAAAAGAGUUGUUGGACCAGUCAUCUUUUCGGCUAUUUGAACUCAAUCAUCUUCACCAAGAAAGGAUUGAAAUAUUGAAGGAAUUGUGUAAUUUGCAGAACAUGUUAAAGAAUGUGAAGACCAUAUGCUCUAGUCAUGCUUAUGUCAUGGUUAAAGAGCAACUUUUGAAGGCUAAGGCAGAUUUAGUUCAGUAUCAAUCAAUGUAUAAUAAAAUACAGGUUGAGAAGGACAAUCUCUCUUGGAAAGAAAAAGAGAUGAGUUUGAAAAAUGAUAUACUUGAUGCUUUGCAUCGAUCCUCAGCAGUUGGUGAUUCCAGAAUUAAAGAGAUUGAAAUGGAGAUACAGAAACACAAACAUGAAAGAAGUCUAAUUGAGGCAAGACUGGAAGAAGCAACUAGAGAACCUGGCAGGAAAGAAAUCAUUUCCGAAUUUAGAACUUUGGUUUCUUCAUUUCCAGAAGAAAUGGGUAGCAUGCAGAAUCAAUUAAGCAAAUACAAAGAAACUGCUGCAAAUGUACAUUAUUUGCGUGCUGAUGUUCAGUCUCUUUCCAAUAUUCUUAACCAGAAGGUUAGCGAGUUGGACAAAUUAUCCACUCUUUCUGCUGCCCAGGAAAUUGAAAUGCUGAAGUUGCGGGCUGUUGUUCAAGAUUUGAAGAAGAGUGAUAUGGAAUUGAAUCUUUUUCUAGAAAUGUUCAGGCUUGAAUCCCCCUUUUCCAGGGAUGUUCUUGAAGCUAGGGACUCUGAGUACAAGGCUUGGGCUUCUGUUCAGAGAUUGAAAACUUCUCUUGAUGAGCACAAUUUGGAAUCUCGAGUAAAAACUGCAAUUGAAGCUGAGGCUGAAUCUCAACAAAAGCUAGCUGCCACUGAAGCUGAGAUUGCUGAGCUCAGACAGAAGUUGGAGGCUUCUAAAAGGGAAAAAUCCAGAAUUUCUGAAGCGUUGAGAUCAAAACAUGAGGAGACUGAGGCCUACCUGUCUGAAAUUGAGACUAUUGGGCAAGCCUAUGAUGAUAUGCAAACUCAAAAUCAACAACUUUUGCAGCAGAUAACUGAGAGGGAUGACUAUAACAUUAAGCUUGUUAUGGAGGGAAUUAAGGCAAGACAGCAGCAGAGUUCUUUAACGUUAGAAAACCAGUCACUGGAGAAAGCAAUUCAAGAAACCAAAGCAACUUGCAGCUUCUAUGAGCUGAAAGCUGCCAAAAUCGAUGACCAGUUAAGAGCAUGCUCAGACCAAGUCCAUAGACUCGGAGAGGAUAGAGUUCAAACUAGAGCUACUCUGGAAAGCACCAAUAAGAGAUUAAUAGAUGUGAAAAAAGCAUCCCAGCAGCAACGAGAGGCGCUUGAAGAACUACAGACCAAGGUUGAUAAAAGUCGAGUGCAUCUAUCUGAUCUGCAGAUAGAUCUAGAGAAAGAAAGGUUUGAAAGAAAAAGGGCAGAAGAGGAUGUAGAAGCUCUUAGGAGAAAGACAACACGUCUAAGGUCACAAAUUGAGGGAUCAUCUGAAAUCGAAAAGCAUCGGCAGACACUAACGGAGUACAAAGAAAUACUCAACUGUGGUGUGUGUCAUGACAGGCGAAAGGAGGUUGUCAUCACAAAAUGCUACCAUUUGUUCUGCAAUCCUUGCAUCCUAAAAGUUAUCGAAUCACGUCAUCGUAAAUGCCCAUUUUGUGGUGCAAGCUUUGCGGCUACUGAUGUGAAGCCUGUUUACAUAUGAUAGCUAGAUUUUGCUGCAUGUGAUCCCUCUUUGCCAAAGAUUAUGGACUUGGUAGGAUAUGCACUUAACGUUUUUAUGCACAGUAUAACUUGUUAUGAGAGGCAUUAGGUGAGCAUUAAUGCAUUGGGGACGUAAGGUCAUUUUGGACGUAGGUUUUUAGCUUUGAGGGGUAAGGUCUUUAUAAAAUACAAAGAGUAACAUAAUGAGUAACCAUAUAUCUUCAUCAUUUCAAUAAACUUUUUGUUUGUAAAAACGUUUUAUAUAUCAUAAUAUCAAGAUAUUGACCAAGUGCCC